AUGGCGUCGCACAACCGGCGUACGACAAGUGGCCAGAUAGCCGCUGUUGGCAAUCUGCCCGAGUAUAUCAUCACCAACUUCAUGCCCUCACUAUCUCCUCUGAUCGGUCAGAACCCUGCCGCCUUCCGGCUCCUUUCCGUCGUUCUGGCCAUGUGGUACUUCGGUCCACUCACAAAGCUGCAAACAAUCUGGACUCAACUGCAAAAGUUCUUGGUUUCCUCCAUCAACGUCAGCUCCGAGGAGGAUCUCUUCGACUACCUGAUCACACAUCUUGGCGAGACGAGGACUCUCCGGCUGAUCAGUCUCUCAAUGCCAUGUCCAAUGCGCCCCGAGAACGUCGCACACAAUGAGCCACCUAAGCUGAAGUAUGAGCAGACUGAAGGCACUCAGCUAUUCUUCCAUGGACGACGAUUGUUCUGGGCAGUACGUAAGAAGGGCGAGGGCUCAACUUUCACCGGACGUGGGUACAAGAACAUGGAGGUGCUCAGCAUCUCUUGCCUGGGUCGCUCAACCGAGCCAAUCAAGCGCUUGCUGCAGUCCAUCUUCGAGACCAACAAGGACAAAGAGAGAGCGUCUACUAUAAUUCGCAGACCCUUCAACGGUGGAUACGGAGGAAGACUCGCAUGGUCAAGAAUUACUGCCAAGCCAAGAAGAGCGAUGGACACCGUCAUCCUCCAGAAAGAGCAGAAGACUAUGGUUCUUGAUGACAUCGAGGAGUACAUGGACGAUGCCACAAGCCUGUUCUACGGGCAACAUGGUAUCCCAUAUCGUCGGGGUUAUCUUUUCUUCGGUCCACCUGGUGUGGGAAAGACUUCAUUCGCCUUGGCCAUUGCGAACAAAUUCAAUCUCGACGUCUAUGUCCUCACGCUUCUCGACCAGAACUUGACCGACUCCGACCUGAUCAGUUUACUGAACCAGCUGCCAGGUCGUGCACUGCUCUUACUGGAGGACAUUGACGUGACCUUUUCCCGGAAGACCAAGUCCGUUGGUACGACGGCGCCGUCUGCACCUGGACCGUCCCGUGGAGGCAGACGUGGCCGUCGUAGCGCUAGUCAGACAAAGCGCGAUGCCACAGCUAAGAAAGAGGAGGCCGCCGUCGAUGACGACGAGGAUGAUGGCGCUGGUUUGACCUCCAAAGUCAGUCUCAGUGGUCUUCUCAAUGCUAUAGAUGGUGUGGCUGCGCCAGAAGGCCAUAUUCUGGUCAUGACUACCAACAAGCCCCAAGAUCUGGAUGACGCCUUGAUUCGCGCCGGUCGUGUGUCGGUAAGAGUCAAGUUCAACAACGCUAGCCACGCGCAAGCCAGGGAAAUCUUCCGGCGAAUGUACAUCGACCUACCUGCUGCCACGUCGGCUGCCUCUGCCGCUGCAGACUCGGCAUCAUCCAGCACAGGCGACGCAAGUUCUGAUAAGAAAGAAGAGAAGCCGCCGACCGAUGUCGAGGCCCUCGCAGACGCCUUCGCGGACAAUCUACCCGAGCUUGAAUUUAGCCCCGCCGACUUGCAGGACUACCUCCUAAUACACAAGAAAGACCCCAAUGCCGCGAUGGAGGGCUUGGAUGCCUGGAUCGAAAAGACCCGUGAGCAGCAGAAGGAGAGAGAAGAGCAGCGCGAGGCCGAGCGGCUGCUGCGGGCAGAGAAGAAGCGCAUUGCGGAUGAGGAUUGGAAAAAGAGCAUGAAGGAAAUGCUGAAGGAUGAUGAUUCGGAGAAGAAAACGUCGAAAGCCAGAGGCAAGGAUAAGAAGAAGCAGACGGCGACAGAGGAGGGUUCGACUGUCGACUCCGAAGAAGGAAGUGAUGACAGCGACGCAGAGGCUGUGACGCCAGAAGACUCCAGAGCAACUAAGCAGGAGGGGGAGACCACUGAAAAGUGA